AUGCAGCCUCAAGUCUUAGAACCAGGAACUGAAAGUCUGGUUGAAGAGAGAACAGAAAGCUUAUUCAAAGCAUUGGAUCAUAAGACCUCACAAAUUCUCUCAUUGCGGUUUUUAGAAAAACGUUCAAAUCGAGCCAAUAAACCUUGGUAUCAAGCUGCGGAAGAAGAUGUGAUUUGGGAACGUUGGGAGAUAGGUUUUACAAUCACUCAAUCUAACACAGCUCAUCAAUUAGAGGGUGAUAGUGAUCAAAUCAUCAAAUCUAUUCAAUCUCAACUCUCUGACUUUUCCUCGCAUUUAGUUGGCUUUGUGCUAAGUCAAAGAGAUCAUAUUCCGGCUAUCACAAGUUCUGAUGUUGUACCAUUUCCAGUUGAUAUUAUCAUACACCCUGCACCAAAUGGUAAAGAGAGAGCCUAA